AUGGUGAAGGAUUUGAAGAAAAAAUAUAGUUUGAAUCUAUUAGGAUUGAUUGAGACUAAACGCCAGGUUGUGACAAAAUUUGAUGUUACACGAAUUUGGGGGCAUGAUGGUUCAGGUUGGGAAUUUGUAGGCUCGGAUGGUGCUUCUGGUGGAUUGUUGGUAAUAUGGGAUGAAUGUGUUUUUAACAUGAAUAAUUGCUAUAAGGGGGAGAGAUGGUUGUGUGUUGAAGGAGUAAUGUUGAAGAAUAGUUUCAAUUGCGCUUUUGUCUUGGUAUAUGGUGCACAUGGUAGGGAUGAGAAGACUCAUGUUUGGGAAGAACUGAGCUAUAUAGCCGGACUUUGUCAGGUCCCUUGUUGUUUUUUGGGGGACUUUAAUGAAAUUUUACAGGUGGAGGAAAGGAAAGAUGCAACUAGCUUACCGAGGUCUACGGAGGAAUUCAAAGUUUGGGUACAAGAUAUGCACUUAGUGGAUUUACCGCUCACUGAUCGUAAGUUUACAUGGUUUCGAGGACGAUCUUGCAGUCGUAUAGAUAGAGUUCUGGUAAAUGUGGAGUGGUUAGAAGAGUUCCCAGAGACUCGGCUACGAGGUGGACCUAGGGGGUUGUCAGACCAUUGCCCUAUAAUAGUGGAGGACAAAAAGAUGAGGGGUGGGCCAAGGCCGUUCCAGAGCCUUGAUUCGUGGUUUACACAUGACGGGUUCCUUAGUAUGGUCAAGGAGGAGUGGAGAGGAUUGGGGGACGUACAGUUCACAGAUAAACUAAAGGCGCUGACAAUUCCGUUAGGAAGGUGGCAUAAGGCUAACUUUAGUGAGAUGGAUAACAAAAUUACAAGAUUUGAGGGAGAAAUCAAGAAGGUGGACGAUCUGGUGAGCAAUGGAGUGUAUGAUGAAAUGAUGGAGGCUAGAAGAAAGGCGUUGGUUACUUGUUGUGAGAGAUGGUAUGUAAGGAAGGAAGUACAUUGGAAACAGAUGUCUCGGUCCCGGCAUGCGAAGGAGAUGGACAAAAAUACUAGGUACUUCCACAAUAUAGCUUCAGCAAGGAGGCGGAAUAACAGGAUUGAUGUACUGGUAGUAAAUGGCAGACAAGUCAGGAAUCAAGCGAGAAUCAAGAUAGCUAUCAGAGACUUCUACAAGAAUUUAUAUCAUCAAGAAGCUUCUCCUUUAAUGGGGUUCAGAGAUGGCUUGGUAAGCAAGAUAGAGGACGAAGAUGCUAUGAAUUUAUAA